AUGGCUCUGCUCCGGCGCGACGCGGAGGCGGCGUGGUUGCAUGAUCUGGUGCCUGGCGGCCUCAAAGUGACGACGUUCACGGAUGAUGAGGUCGCCCACGAGAGGCUGCUGUUGUGGCCCGUCGACAGGAAGAACGUCUACAUCGAGCCAGUCGUGAGAGACGAGGACAGGGGGGUGGCCGACACCAUCCCGCUCGACGACGUUGGCACAGUGCCGGCUACCUCCCCGAUGAAGGUCCACCGCUUCCGCGAGUGCCCGAACGCCGAGGGGCUGCGGGAGCUGCUCCGGGAUGGCCGAGCGGUAGUGCGCACCGAGCUCGGGCGCGAGGCCCCCGAGGUGGCGACGGUGCUGACCCCCGCGUGCGAGCGGGUGCCGCUGGAAGACCUCGCGCCGGGCCUGCUGGCUACGCGCCGGACGCGGGGGGAGGUUUCCCCCAAGGCGGCCGCUGCCGCCUCGGCGAGGCGGCCCGCCGGGCCCGCGCCCGGCCUGGCGGGCAGCGACGGCCGCCCCCUGCCGGCGCCGCCGCCCGUAGCGCCGUCGGACCAGCUGACGGCCGUGGACGCCGCGGAUGCUGCCGAGGGCUACAUCUGGGCGCUGGCGGAGCCCACCGGCCGACGCGCCAUCGGCGCGGAGAUCGACGGCGGCGCGAAUGUGUUGCUGGCGCCCGGCGGCCUCGACGGCCUCGCGAAGCUGGACGACCACUGGCGGCGCAUCGAGGGCAUGGCUCCCGAGGCGGCCCCAGGCUACACGAAGCACCGCUCCGACGAGUUGAAGGAGAGCCUGGGGAUCGCCAAGGAGGAGCCCUGCUUUGACGAGGCGAUCGCUAAAAGUCUUGGAAGCAGGUGGUCCAGGAGCAGUAGCGAGACCCGCGAGUCGCAGCGCAUGGAAGGCCCUCCGAUUGCGUUCCCGAUGUCCAAGCGCAUUCGACAGGGGGGGCCCUCGCUCAUGGCUGCGCGAGUCAACAUCGGCGGCCUGCUGCGCAUCGAGGCGAUAUGCCGACGCAUGGCUGGCAUCGUGGCGGCCUGCGCCAACCGAGCCAAGCCGGCCUGGGAUCUGACCCGCUACUGCACGAGCCAGCAGUCGGCCGAGGACGUGGUCGGCCCCGAGAUGCGCAGCUUCGUGCCCUGGCGGGCCAAGGAGGACCGCGAGACCGGCGCUGGCGGGCUGCGUGGAUCUCCAGCCGAGCACGGCGCCGGAGGCCGCGUUGCGGCUACUCGAGGGCCACGAGAUCUUUUUCCUGCGCCCCUGCUGGACACGCCGCCUCCGCUGGCGGCCGCCUCGGCGGGGGCCGCGAGGGCGAGGCGCAGAGAGCAGCUGGAGAUUGGUGUGGCGAAUGAGGAGGUCGCUAAAUACUUGGUGGAUUAUCAAGAGCGCAUGCUGAGGCAAGGUGAUAUCUUGCCUAAGAUCGAACCAUACUUAGACCCCAAAUUAAAGUUCCACCAGAAGGAAUGCCAGCGUCUAGUUCGGGAUCUGUUCGACAUCGGCAUGGUCGACUGGACUACGACCCCGAAGUGUCGGAUAGGAUUGUUCUGUGUUCCCAUGAGUGAUGGCAAGUCGCUCCGAUUGAUCGUCGAUGCUCGUCGCGCGAACGAGGUCUUCGCUGACCCGCCCGCGGUCGACCUGCUGACGGCCGAGGGCUUCGGCCGGGGCGAGGCGGCGCUGCCGGCCGGCAUGGCGCCACGGAGCCCGGAGGCGGUGGAGUACCUCAGCAAGCUCAGGCUCGUGGUGGGCACGUCGGACGUGGCCAACUGCUUCCAUUGCCUGAAGCUGGGGCCCGAGAUGUCCGCGCACUUCGGGCUGCCCGCGGCCCCAGCGCACGUCUUCGGGCUCGAGGGGGCCGUGGCGGGAGGCCGGCACCUGGGUAGGGCCUCGCCGGUGUAUCCCGCGUGGGCCGUGCUGCCGAUGGGGUUCACAUGGAGUCUCUGGUUUGCCCAGCGCAUGAACGAGCUGCAGACGCGCUACGAGGUCGGCGAGGCCAUCUCGGGCCUGCAGCGACACUUUGCCGAUUUGGGUCUGGUGCUGCACGAGUCCUCGGUGACCGACGAGGCGUGCAAGACGCUGGGCGUCGAGCUGCUGGGCGAGGGCCUCCGGUCGCGAGUGACCUCGGAGCGGUGGUGGCUGAUCCGCCGCGCCGUCGAGGCCACGCGGGAUCCGGCGGGCGUCUCCGCCGUGGGCCGGGCGCUGGAGCGCUCGCGCUUCAAGCGGUCUGGUGGCUGCGGUGCCCGCGAGUCUACCCUGGAGGCCGCGGGCUUCUGGCGCGACACGUCGGGCAAGUGGCGAGUGACCGACUCGGGCGCAGACCCGAGAACCGAGGGCGCCUGGGCGCUAGAUUUUAGUUAUGCCGAGGUACCGGCCAGGUGUCGCGAUUUUAGGCUGCUCGUCAUUAUCCGACGCAUCCAGGCCUACUGUCUCUCUGGGAGCAUACAACUUUUGGUCCGCUGGAUCCCCUCGGAGUUCAGCUUUUCGGACCUGGGUUCCAGGGUGUUCAGCGGCCCCGACGCAAGCGAUCCUUUGGUAGACGAGCUAGACGCCAGGCUGGGGCUGAGCCCGCUGGCUGUGCGACCAUCCGCUACAGGGCGCAAGCGGAAGCUGAUGGGCGCGGGCGGCCGCAACGAAGUCGACGACAGCGGCGGCGCCACGAGCGAGCAGGGCGGAGGCGAGCGCGCAGUUCCGAAGCGGGCGGCGGCGUUGAGGAAGAAGGCCCGCCAGCGCCGGUCGAAGUUCCUCUCCGAGGCGGCGACCAGGGCCAUGGAUGGCGGGCUCAACUUUCUCGAGGCCAGCAGCGUCACGAAGCCGGCGCGGGGGCGGUGUGAGAGGGUGGUGGUGGAGUUCAUAGAUUAUUGCGACCGCCCCCCUGCCUUGGCGCUGAGAUCAGCCGUCCCAGUGGACAAGGCGUUGUCCCAGCAUUUCAACUACCAGUUCUUCCAGGGCCACGAGGCAGCCAGGGGGGGGCAGGCCUUUGCGGGCCUCAUGCUCAUGUUCUCGAGGCCAGAGUUCGGCAAGGUGGGCUCCCAGAAGCUGCCCAAUGCUUGGUGGGUGCUGCGAGGCUGGCGCAAGCGGGCGCCCGCUCGCAGCCGCCGGGCGCGGGCCUUGGGGGUCUGGGCCGCCCUCGCGCGGCGCCUGGGCGCGACGCAGGGGCUGCUGAUGUCGAAGACGGGCCUGGCGGAUGUGUGCAUUGCCCUCGACAGCAAGCGGGCGCGGUGCUCGACUCCGCUCUGGCCGCUGCCGGCCAAGGACGAUCCCGACGACCUCGUGUUCACUUUCGAGUACCUGGCCUGCGUGCGUGCCUUCCAGAGCAUCGUGAAGGAGCUGGGCAUAGAGGACAGGAUCAUCCCCUACCAGGCGCGCCACAGCGGACCCUCCAUAGAUGCGUCGAGGAGGUGGCGCACGGCAGACGAGGUCCAGCGGCGGGGGCAAUGGAAGCAGGCCAGGUCACCGAUCCGCUACGAGAAGGGGGCCAGGCUGGGAGAGAGCUGGGCCGGGCCCCACCCGAGGCCCCAGGUCGUCUGCGAGCUGUGCGGAAGACAUUUCGCGGACAUUGUGCUGCGACGCCCUCAUCCG